AUGAAGGUCUUUGUGUGUCUGAGUGCGCUUUUUGCCGUGGCGAACGCCGGCUUUCUGGGACUGCUCGGAGGUGGCGGCGGCGGCGGUGGUGGUGGCGGCGGCAGCAUCAAGUCGGGCCUCAGCCUGGGAGGCGGUAGCGGCGGUUACGGUGGCGGUUAUGGCGGUGGCUACGGUGGCGGACACGGUGGCUUGCACGGACAUGGACCCGUACAAGUGGUUAAAGUCAUUCACCAGCAGGGAGGCAUCUCCGGCGGUGGUGGCUAUGCUGGCGGCUAUGGCUAUGGACCCGCCCCACAGGUGUACAAGGUGAAGGUGAUCUCUGGCGGCGGCUCGGGCCCAGCUCCCAUCUACCAUGGCGGUGGUGGACCCGCCUCUGUCAAAGUGAUCAAGGUUUUGCAUCAGGAGUCUGGCCCUCUCGUCGGUGGUCCCAUCGUUGAAAGCGGCCCACAGAUCAUCAAGGUUUUGCAUGAGAACCACGAUAAUGGCCACCACAUCCAUGUCGGUCCAUCCGUGCACGCGCCCGCCAGGGUGGUGCGUGUCAUACACGAGCAUACUUCGUUGCCUGCUCCCGCUCCCAUUUACACUGCACCCGCACCAGCUCCAAUCUACAGUGUCCCUGCACCAGCUCCAGUUUACAGUGUACCUGCUCCAGCUCCAAUCUACGAUGCACCUGCACCAGCUCCAGCUCCAAUCUACAGUGCACCUGCACCAGCUCCAGUUUACAGCGCACCCGCUCCAAUCUACAGUGCACCCAUCUCAGUUUCGGCCCCCGCACCCGCGCCCGCACUUCAGCCCAUUUACAAUGCCCCAGCGCCUGCACCCAUUCAGUACAGCGCUCCCGUUCAAGUUCAGAACCAAUACAGUGCUCCUGCCCCGAUACAGUAUAGCGCACCGCUCCAGGCCCCAUCACCCGUGCUGAGCGUGCCCGAGCCCGCACCCGGUCCAACUUUUAACCAGGGCUCAGUCUUGAGCAUACCCGCACCCGUCGAGGAGGCACCAUUGCCCAUCGGCCACGCACCUGCCCCGAGCUAUGGCCCGCCUCAGCUGUAAAUAGCUAUCCAUUUUCAACACCUAAGAGCACAACUGCACCGCAGCACCACUGGAGGCAUCCACCAUCACCAGCACCAGCACCAGCACCACAUGUUUCAGAAUGUGGGGAUACAUCAAAGACCUCCAAUUCUAUGACUUCUAUCGACCUAUCGACCUAGCUUCUUUAUGCCCUCAAAACUCUUCUG